AUGGAUGUUCCAAAAGCGAAGACCAAACCUCUCAAGGGGAAGAAGUCUGCGUCAGCAGUCGGGGCGCCAUCUCAACACAAUCAAUCCAGUCGAAAAGGCAAGCGUGCGUGGAGGAAAAAUGUGAACAUCGAGGAUGUCGAAGAGGUGUUGGAAGGAAUGCGGGUGGAGGAGAGAGUAACUGGAGCUGCUCUAUCAAAGACCGCCGACGAAGAUUUAUUCCAAAUAGACCUCAAGGGAGACGACAAAAUCCGACAUACUCUUCCUAGGUUCUCGACGUCUCAGCUAACAUCUUCAAAGAUUCUUGCCCAAAGAUCGGCUGUACCUGCCGUCGUUUCGCGAGUAACCUCGAGUUCGAAGAAACGAAAGUCCACCGUCAGCAGGGAAGACAAGGAGAAGCUGUUGCGUAUCACCAAACGGCCGAGGAAGGGUCCCUUUAAUGCCAUCAUGGAUCCUUCCGAAUACGCGCCAGGGAGCGGCAUUGUGGAACUUAGCGAAGCCGUGAAGCAGAGUGGGACGUAUGAUCCAUGGCAAGAGGGAAGUUCUGCCGAGGGAGUAAAGGAUGGUCUGGAAACUGUGGAAAAGAGGAAGCCAAAGGCUCCGACCACAACGAAAACCAGAGAUCUCAUCGAGGUGCCGGCAAUCGUCGAACCUCAUCUUGGGACAUCGUACAAUCCGCCUGCAGAUGCUCAUGAAGAGUUGAUCAUGAGGGCCGCCUCGAUGGAGGAGAAACGAGUGAAGGAAGCGGAGAAAUUGGCUGAGGUGAAGAAGAAGAUUGACGCGGCGAAGAAUACACAGGAGGACGACGAUUUCAUUGCGCCAGGGAUGAAGGUUCAAGAAUUGGGACUGGAUGAGGAGCAAAUUUCUGAUGGCCUCUCAAGAUCCAACACGACGAGUAAACCGCGUAAGACCCAGGCUAAAAAAAACAAGGCUGUCCGCUUGUUGGCUGAGAAACGAGCCCUUGCCGAAAGAGCACAGCGUAAACGAUUAUUGGCGUCCAUCAACGACGCUCGGUCAAUCCGAAAAGCGAAUUCUCGACUACUCUCUGCCCGAGAGAAGGAACGAGAACAGCGACAACUUGCAUUAGUUGAGAAACUCAAGACGCAGGGUCUGGCGGGACAAAAGCUGGGAAAAUACAAGGUACCGGAGGGCGAGAUCGAUGUGCAGCUGGGCGAAGACCUCAGCGAGAAUCUUCGCGGUCUGAAACCUGAAGGCAACCUCUUCCGUGAUCGAUUCCAAAGCUUGCAACAACGAGCGCUCAUCGAACCCCGUGUUCGCAUCCUGCCUAAGAAACGGACACACAGGAUCGUCGAGUACGAGAAACACGCCUGGAAGAAGUUUGAUCGCGAGUAG